AAGUCCAGCCUUUAUUUAUAUGAAAUCUGUGGUCCAACUGGCUUCAGAUGGCGUGUGUAUGUGCGUGUGCCUGCCUUCUGAGUGUGUGAGACGAGCUGGGAUCAUGAGCCAGGGUUGUUCCAAGUGGUUUUAAUCAGCAGCCCAUUAGAGGAGAACGGAAAACUUCCAACAGGAUAAGAACCGAGUUGUUCCUGUACCCCCAUGGGACAGAAUUUCCUGAGCCUCUGCUCCUCUGGAACCUGUAACUUCAUGCCAGGCACCACGAAAGCGCUCAGCAGCAGAAAUGGGCAAGACUCUUGCUAGUUUUGGGUAAAGUCUGCCUUUGAUAAGUCGCAGCUACUUGGAUUGCAUCUGCAAUGUGGCAAAGGGCGAAGUGAGGGCAGCGAAGAGGCCAUGGUUUGUGGGCAAGUCCCCAGGUGCCGCAGGCUUUGUCGCCCUCGUCCCUUCCUUCUGGCCUUAGUGGUGGCCAUCUGUCUGUUCUGCCAGACCCUGUCUCCUCUCAUGACCAGCAGCAUCCUUUCGACAGUUGUUAAUGGGAUCACACCCAACAAACUGACCAAAUCACAGCAGGGAAGAUACAAGGAGGUCUCCCCAAGCAACAUUUACUGCUUCCUCCCUAGCACUAACUCACAGACAGUGAAAAAGAUCGACACUGCCAUUCUCCAGUACUUUGGAAGCCAUAGGAGAAGAGCAGUUCUGUAUGCACCUCCUGCCCACCGUGAAACCGACCGUCAGCUCUGUCAGCGCAUCCUGGCAAAACAUGGAUACACAGUCACAGUCCUUGAAAACAGGAGGCUGAUGAGAGAACCCAGGCAUGAGGGCCCUUAUCACAGUGGCAUCAGCCCUUGGGAUCUUUUGAUUUGCUUAUCUUCCAGAAAAAAUGAUGGUACUGGCUGCUUUCAAAUAGAAGACUUGCAUCAUCUAGAGCUAUUCCAGAAGGUAAACCUGCUUCCAGAAAUCCAGCAUUUCCUUUGCAGAAAAGAGGGAUUAUGCCAGAUAACAAAAGCCUUUUCAGACCUGCAGCUCCCAGUUGUCACCCCAGAGUGUUUCGGCCAGCCUGGGAUGUCAUGGGCCAGCACCGCAAGCAACGUGUCCCAGGGGAGCAAAAGCACUGACAAGAUACAUGGUUCUCAUCCAAGGAAUCAUGUGUCAGGUUCACCCUACCACAAGGACAUCCUUAAAGCUCAAGACCUUUCUGUCAUCAUCAAAGCAUAUGUGCUUGUGACAUCUUUAACACCUCUGAGAGCAUUCAUUCAUUCAACCACCACUGUCUGGCAUCCACCCAAGAAGAAGCAUUUUUCUGUAAAGCUGCAAAAGUUUUUCGAGAUGUUCUUCAGAAGCAGUUCUCCCCAACAAGCCUUCAACAACAUGAAGGAAGCUAUAAGCAAACUUCUACUUAUGACUGAGGUCUUCAGUGAAUCGUCUGCCUCAGGACCAAAUUCUUUCAAUCAAUGCAGCCAAUGUUUUCAAAUGCUAACCUUUGACAUUGGAUUUGGCACCUCCAUAUACCCAGUUGUUCUCAAGGUGCAUGAAAACUUUGACUUUCAAGAUGAGGAUGAAUCAAAAAUUCAGGACCAAACUUUGAAAGAAUUGCUUUUUGAAGAUACUUUUAAUUUUCUCCUGUCUAACGAAUCCUCGACAACCAGUUUCAUAGAAGCUUUACAAAAAAUAUAUGCAUCAGCUGUGAGUAAGGAUGGAACUUACCACAGAGAAGAUGAGCAAUGUUUGUCUUUAGAAGAGAUAAAUUCAAUGAUAACUUUCAUAAAGGAGCUGAAGAGUCUUGGACAAUUUGAGCUGCUUUUCCCUUCUGCUGCACCCCAGAUUCAAACUUUACUGCGUGACCUCUAUCACAUGGUGGACCCAAUGAGACAACUUGGUUCAGUCCUGACUGUGCAUUGGUUGCUUUCCAGUUUACUUGAACAAUUCCAGUCCAUGACUAAAGAGGCACAAAUGAAUCCUUCAGAAUGGAGAAGCAAGAAGAACUCUAGAAACUCAUCUCAAACUAUAAUGAAAUGGUUACAUCCUAGGAGUUCUCAAGAAAAUGCAAGUCCUAAGCAGAAUGUUCCUUCUGAUUUCAGGAAGAAUCAUGAUGCAUUGCAUUAUUCCAGUAAGACUAAAGAAAGACAAUGCAGUUAUGAUAAAGAUACCCUAUCUCAUAUCAGGCAGAUCUUCACCAGUCCACAGCUGGACCUGAAUCCUCAAUUUAACCCAAAGAUCAAAGAAUACUAUGCAGAAGUCCCAUUUGACAUGAUGACGGUGAAGAUAGGAGCAGAACCUUCUAACUGUCAAUGCAAAGUACAUCUUGACGAGAAGAAAGGGCCAAGCAUUGCUAACUACCCCCUUGGCCUUGGAUUGAACAAAGUCAUUGUUCUUGUAACAGAUGAUUCGCAGCCCAGCCCUCAGGUUGUGAGCAGCUACAAAAUCACAAUAUAUCGAGAGGACCGCCCUAGUCUGCCUUUGUUUGAUGACUACAUGAUGUGUGGGUUUGUGCAGGACUGUGGUUCUCGAAUUCGUCCAGAGGAGUCCUGUGGCUUGCAGCCUCUGUCUCGUGAAUACCUCUCAGCAAUUUCACAGACAAUGUUUAAGACAUGUGAAGCUGGAGACACAAAAGGGCAGUGGAUUGUCCCUUGCCUCAGCUGCUCUGACAACAGGACCUGUGACUGGAGAGAAAUAACGUGGCAGCCCCAUGGUUGCCAAUAUGGUGUGCUAGCGAAGCCUGAGCUCCAGCGCUGCGUGGAGGGCAGAAGGAUUCUCUUUAUAGGUGACUCAACUAACAGAGGGAUGAUGUACUAUCUUAUAGAAAGAGUGAAUAAGACUCUUCAGGAAUGGCAAAAGACUCAUGAUGUUAAAUGUUAUCAUAAUAUCAACAAGGGGAAAACAUUCAUCAGUUACUCCUACUACCCCCAGUUUUGGAUAAGCUCAAACCAGAGACCAACUUUUGAAAAAGCCCUACAACAACUGCUGCAGAGAUCACGUCCCCUGGAGAACACAGACCAGACUGUAUUAGUUGUAGGUGGUGUUCAGUGGCUUAAUUCCAAUCAUCUGCAAAUUAUCCAAAAGGUGUUGAGCAGGGAAAAUCUGUCAAAUAUCCUGGUAAUUAUCAAAUCCAUAGGGAUGGGCUUUCACCUACCAGUGGAUGGAAUACAUUCUCUAUCACAGGCACAAAUACAAAACCUGUGGAAUGAAAACUUGGUUAUUCUGGAUACAGCAAAAAAUUUUGGCUAUGAAGUUGUUGACACCUUCGUCAUCACCAUGGGACGUUACAAAGAAUUCCUGCAAGGGAAGUGCGGCUGCCAUUUCCAUGAGGUGGUGAAAUCCAAUCCCUCUGAAGAAAGUCCACACAUAACAAUGACGUUAUCAAGGCACUACACACUGGGGAAAUAUUUCGGCAGUCAAAGCAAGCCAUCACAACUGCAGGACUAUGCAACAAAUUCACAGUCCCCAUAUCAUGUCCGAGGUCCAAUAAAUCAAGUUUAUUCUGAAAUCCUUCUCAGCAGGCUCUGUGCGAGUAGGAGGGAGAUUGUCAGCACAUAGCCUCUGCUGAAUAUAGUACUGGGACUCGAGAUGUGCCACUACAUAAGUGAUAGUAGUGAAAGACCAUGGUGAAUUUCUGACAUGCUUCUUUGAUUGGCUGUACAGACACCAACAGUUUGGGACACAUGGCAUUUUCCCUAAAACUUUAUGAAAUCAAGGUAUGCCUGGCAACUCUGUGGUGUCAAAAUGGAAGAUGGAGGUUUGCAAAGGAGAGAAGAGGGGAAGUUACUUGAACUGUUGCCAAAGGCUAGAACAGCUGCAACUCAAGCAACUGUGUAUUAAUGACAGUAAAGAGAAAGAAAUAUAUACACUUGAACUAUUUGGAAAGGACUGCUUUAGCUUUUCAGCACUAUCUAGUUUUCUAUUUAUAGAGACACUGUAAUAUUUGAAUGUAUUUGGAAACUGGCUACAUUCCAUUUUAAAGAGUUUUAUUUUAUGUGGAUGAGUUCCCCUUCGAUGUCAAAACUUUUCUGUUUAGACACUUGGUUUAUACAAUUUGAAAAUGCCUAUUAGCCUUUUACUGAGGAUGACAAGUUUUGAACUCCAGUGUUUUUAGUGAAAACACACCCCUUCUUUGUAUCUUAGGUGGAAUAGAUGUCUACUCUAUUUUUUGCAUGUUCUAAAGCUAAUCUAGAGAUAGAUUACUUAGACUCGAGACUGAUUACAAUUGUCUUGAUAUAACAUGUAAAUAUAGUGAAUAUGUUAACAUAACCCUUACUUAUGGUGUCACUUUAGGAGAGUGGCCAUAUGCAGGAAUACUGCUUAGAUAUGUGCUUCAGUGUCUACCUUGGCUAGUAAGCCAAGCAAGUAUUCUCCCAGCAUGGAAGUGCCAUUUCUUUAAUGAUUUAUUAUAAAACACUGCCAAUGUGUGAAGCCAGAACAACAAACGGAAG